AUGAACACUUUACAGUUUUCUGCUGAAAUGAUCCGUUUCUUAGAACGGAAAGCAGUAGCCAGCAAGAAACCCAUCCCCUCUGGAUGUAUCCGGAGUUUGCAAACCAUGGCCACCGAUCCGUGCUACUUAAUCGACACCCCUGCUGCUCAGCAUGGCUGGAAAACUGUUCCAGGUGACUACCAUCCAGAACUUUAG